CCUUAGGGUAGGAACUGAAGAUACAUAGAGAGUAAAUAUGAGUAAGUGACAGCAACUCUGCAGAUAUGAACUGAAGUCCCUGCAGAUAUUCUGAUUUUGCACUUGUUUACUGCCCACUUCCUGAAAUGGAAGGCACCUUUUUUGUUGUGGCCAUUGACUUUGGGACAGCAUACAGUGGGUACUGCUUCAUUGUAAAAGAGGACACAUCAAACAUUCGAAAUCCUCACUGGGUUACAGAGUAUGGACUCAAGUUCUAUAAAAUCCCCACUUGUGCUCUGUUUAAUGAACAUGAAGAGUUGGUGAAGUUUGGUUUUGAUGCUGUUAUGGCAUACAAGAAAAUGUCUCCUACAGACGCUUCACUCUUUUACUUCUUUGAGAACUUCAAGAUGGAGCUCUACAACAAGAGCUGUUUAAAAAAUCUUCAGCUCAAGGCAAAAAAUGGCAAGUACCUUCCAGCUAUGACUGUGUUCUCAGAAAGUCUGCACUAUAUGAAAGAACAUGUUCUGAAAACGAUCAAUACUUCAAGUUCAAAUGCUGUAUUCUCAGAAGAGGAUAUUACGUGGGUGCUGACAGUGCCAGCCAUCUGGAGACCUGAUGCCAAGCAGUUUAUGAGGCAGGCUGCUAAAAAGGGUGGAUUAAUUAAUGAUAUUAAUUCAGAAAAUCUUGUCCUUGCGCUUGAACCUGAAGCAGCUUCACUGUGGUGCAAACAGCUUUCAAGCUCAGGUUUUAUGGUGGAAGGAGGUACACGUGCAGGGGGUACACACUCAAUUCUGCAGAAUAAUCCAGGAAUACAAUAUAUUGUGGUGGACUGUGGAGGUGGUACCAUUGACAUCACAGUCCAUGAAGUGUUGGAAAAUGGAUUCCUAAAGGAACUUCAGAAAGCAUCUGGUGGGGGCUGGGGAGGGCUGAGUGUAGACCAACACUUCACAGCCUUUCUUCGAGAGUUAUUUGAAGGAGAUGUGUGGGAGACAUUUGAGAAGGAGCACCCUUCUGAACUACAGAAGAUGAUGUACAGUAUCUCUGUACAGAAAUGCACUGACAAGAAGGAAGACAUUUUCUUGCCAUGUGUCUUUAGUUUAGGCAAACUGGCAGAGAAGAAGAAGGAUAUAUCACUGUAUUUUCAAGGUAUUGACGGAGUCUCUUGGUUUGAUGGAAACAUAAAAAUUUCCUACAAAAAGUUAGAAAGCUUUUUUAAAGACAGUGUAACAAACAUUAUUGAAGCUAUUGAAGACAUUAUGCAAAAGCCAGAAAUCCACAUUGAUUACAUUUUGCUAGUAGGAGGAUAUGCCUCCAGUAAGAUUUUACGAGACAAAGUGACAUCAAAAUUUAGUGGAAAAUGCAGAGUUCUCUGUCCCAUUGACUCUCAGUUGGCUAUUGCAAAGGGAGCAAUUCUAUUUGGAGUUGACCCAAAAAUAAUCACAUCUCGUGUAUGCAUGCUGACUUAUGGCCUUAAGAUAUCUGAAACAUUUGUUUUUCACAAACAUGAUUGGAAAAAACGCAGAGUCUCUGCAGGUAAUGUUGUCUAUUGCACUGACAUUUUCAUGAAAUUAGUUGAAAGGGGCCAGUCUGUAGGACAAAAUGAGUCAGUGGAGCAUUUCUUCAAACCGAUAGAUGGACAUCAGGUACAGGUUUUGUUUUCCUUCUUUGCUACAGAAAAGGAAAAAGCCCAAUAUACAGAUGAGCCAGGGGUGAAUGAAGUAGGCUCUCUUAUUGUUCCUAUCCCCAGUAAUGUUGUAGGUGUUGAACGCAGACUCAAGAUGGAUUUCAAAUUUGGUUUGACAGAAAUAAAAGCGACAGUGACUGACCUUCACACAAACAAAACUCAGAAUAUCACCCUAAACUUUAUGACAGACUAGGCAUGCAGAUGGGCAAUGUGGCAAAGUAACCAGAACAUUGGACAUUAAACCACAAGGUUUCUGGAGCAAACUGUGUUACCAGCUUGCAACGUAAUUAGUAUAACUAGUUGUUUUGUAUUUUUUUUGUGUCAUCAUGAGUUAAGAUGCUUGCUAAAUAUAUCAUUAUAAAAAAGUACCAGUAAUGUAUCUGAAACAAGCCUAACAUUAAAUAUAACAUUACAAGA